CAUCUGUAGACACCACCAUGGCAGAAGCGAGGGCAGCGGCUGGUAGAAAGUCCCAUAAGGGGCGCAGUGCGGCGGGGCAGGCUGCCAGCAGGAGGGAGCUGAUCUCCCGGUCUGUACACAGUGCUGAGCAGUGUCUGAGGGAUCACGACUAUGGGACAGCCUAUGCACAUUACUUACUAGUGCUCAGCCUGGCUCCUGAGCUAAAACAAGACUUCAAGGAAACCUUUCAAUAUGCUCUAUUUAAAUGGGCUGAAGAGCUGUAUGCUUUAAAUAGAAAUCAAGAUUUAUUUAACUGUUACGAGCAAGCAUUUGAGCUUUAUCCAAACGAUGACGUUAUCUGUAACAGCAUGGGUGAGCAACUCUUCAGGCUAGGUUUUCGAGAUGAAGCAGCUGGUUAUUUCUACAAAGCCUUGAAGCUUAAUCCAGACAGUGCUGAGGCCAAAGAAAAUUUCUAUCGCGUAGCAAACUGGUUGGUGGAACGUUGGCAUUUCAUUAUGCUAAAUGACAAGAAGAGGAACCUGAUGUAUCAGAGAGCUAUUGAGAAGGCUGUACAGGCUGGCUGCAGAACUGUGCUGGAUAUUGGCACUGGUACCGGAAUCCUAAGCAUGUUUGCAAAAAGAGUGGGUGCCUCUCAUGUUUACGCCUGCGAGCUGUCCAGAACAAUGUAUGACCUGGCCUGUGAGGUGGUGGCAGCCAAUGAAAUGCAAGGAGGGAUCAAGCUCCUGCACAUGAAGUCUCAUGAUAUACAAGUCCCUGAACACAUUCCUGAAAAGAUUUCACUUGUUGUCACAGAAACUGUUGAUGCUGGUUUGUUUGGGGAAGGAAUUCUGGAGUCUCUAAUUCAUGCCUGGAAAAACUUACUUUUAGAACCAAAGAACAAAGACUUUCACAGUGAGAGAUAUGGGCAAGUCAUUCCAGCGGGGGCUGUUGUAUUAGGAAUGGCUCUGGAAUGCCCAGAGAUUCGAAAACAUCACAGAGUGUUUGUGAAGGAAGUUGCUGGAGUGAAACUUGGAGUGCAAUUUUCUAGUCCUGUACACAGCGGUCCUAAAAACGAUGAUGUAGCAGAACCAUAUUCUACCGAAAAAAUGAGCAGAGUGCCUGGAGGAUACAAAGCACUGAGUCAACCCUUCCAGGCACUAACCGUGGACUUCAACAGCCUGCAGGAUUUGGAAAGCAUUGCUUCUGGAAAGACCUGCCGGAUCUCAGUUCAGAUCCAUGAACAAGGGCAGCUUGAUUGUUUUAUAACCUGGUUUGUCUUGCAUUUGGAUGAAGAACACAGUCUGUCAACUGAACCCAGUGAGGAAACUUGCUGGGAACAAGCAGUCUUCCCUAUCCAGAACCUCCCUGCUGAUGGAUACCUUGUGAAGCCUGGGGAUAUAGUUGUAGUUGAUGUUUCCUGCCCUGACUGCUAUUUAAGAUUAGACCUAGUCUCUGUUUCUAGAGGUGGCAAAUUGGAUCAUACUACUUCUUGUAGUAACAUGGUGUCUGGAAAUGAGUUGUGCGAUGCCUUGGCCAGUCUUCACACUAGCCACCAGCAAGACAUUGUGCAGGGGCCAUGCAUCCUGGAUCCUAAUGAGAUUGCCAUGCUAAACAACACUGCAUACCACGAAAGCUUUAAGGUGGCUAUCAAUAAGGUUAUAUCUUCCCUGGCACCAGGAGACAAUUGGGCCAGCAAUGGUGUAUUAUCCUCUGAAGAACAUUACUCAGAUGCUCUCUAUGUCCUGGAUGUAUCUGAAGGGUUUUCCAUUUUACCCUUAAUUGCCGCGCAACUAGGAAAAGUAAAAUCUUACAGCUCAGUGGAAGAGGAACAGCAUUGUGCUACACUGCAGAAACUGACAGAGAGAAAUGGAAUGUCUAAAGAAAGUCUGGAGUUCUGGCUAAACCAGCUGGAUACAGAUGAUGAUGUCCUAAAGAGGCCAAAGUCUGACAAGUUAUGGAGCAUCAUUAUUCUAGAUUUGGUUGAACCUUGUGGCCUGAUCAGACAAGAGGUGAUGGAAAAAGCUGCAAUAGCUAGGUGCUUACUUCAGUCCGGAGGAAAGAUAUUCCCCCAUGCUGUGGCAAUAUAUGGUAUGUUAAUAGAAUCUCCCACCUUACUACAGGAGUGUGCUGUCCAAGGCACAGAGCCUACACUCGGAUUGCAUAUAGCACCAUUCAUUAAUCAUUUCAAGGUUCCAGUCCAAGUGUUCCUGAAUCUCUCUACACUGCCUUGUGUGUCUCUAAGUGAUCCACUAGAACUGCUCAGGCUGGAUCUUAUGGACCCAUGUUUAAACAGCUUCAGCUUUGCUCAUGAUCUAAAGGUCCAAAUCUGUAAAUCAGGACAAGUGACAGCCAUUCCCUUUUGGUAUCAUAUCCACCUUGAUGAAGACAUUACCUUGGACACCUCCCAGGAGACAUCACAUUGGAAACAAGCUGCAUUUGUCCUGGAUAGCCCCUUCCAUGUGGUACAAGGGGAAGAGAUCCUGCUUGGAGUACAUUUGCAGAACAGUAACAUCAGCAUGACUUUAAAACGGCCUCAGCAGUAACAAUUUAU